AUGGUGAAGUUAGACAUGAGGCGACUUCUCCUGAUUGCUAUCUUGGGGGUGGGCGCUCUGUCCGUCAUCUACGGCAGCCUGCUCAACUUCAAGGUGCUGAUCGAGAGGAUUACCCACCAAAACGCCCUCAUCCACUUCAAUGGAUACGGGUGCUACUGCGGAAAGGGCGGGAGAGGGAAGCCGAGGGACCAGACAGACAUGUGCUGCUAUAAACACGACUGCUGCUAUGAGGGUCUACACAGCAAGCAGUGCCACCCAUAUAUUGAUCACUACAGAUACCUGAUCAUCAAUGACGAUGUUCUCUGUGAGUACAGAAACAAUUCCCACUGUGCCGUGUUGGCGUGCGAAUGCGACCGCCGUGCGGCCCUCUGCUUCCGAAAGUAUGCCAAAACGUACAACAAGAAGUACCACCGUUACCCCUACGUCUUGUGCAAAGAAAUCACCCCUAAAUGUCGAGGCAGCAAGAAGCCGAAGUAGGAAAGCCCAAGAAGCAGGCA